GUCAAGGCCUUCCAAUGUGAUGUGAAAGGUUGCGAGAAGCGGUUCAGGCGGAGUGAGCAUCUCAAGCGACACAUUCGAUCUUUGCACACGGGCGAGAAGCCCUACCCUUGUUCGACGUGUGGCAAGACUUUCUCAAGGACUGACAACUUGACGCAGCACAUGCGUGUUCAU